CUCAAAUGCUAUAAGUCCUCAUGCAGUGAAGAUAGACGCCGUAUACGCAGGCUACACAAGCGCCUGUGACACCCAUAUAUUCCAUCUGCACAAGCCUCGAGCACUCUUUCUCUCUUUGCCCUUUCUUUCACACACCUCUGAGUACAGCCUAAUCAAACCCAAAUCAAAGCCACGUCUCGCUCAUCUCAUUUACUUCACCUGCAUCAUUGCUUCAGUAUAUAAACCCCAAUCACCAUACUUCGUCGUUCAUUUGGUCCUCAUCGUUCGGUUUUCUUUCCCAUUCACGCCAAUGAGAUACACAGACAUGUUGGGGAUCGCAAGAAGCCGCGAUGCCGUCAGAGUUGGAACCACGAUGAUGUUGAUGGCGGUCAUGGCGGUUUCCGUAGUCUCGGGGCAUGAUUAUGGAGAUGCAUUGAGCAAGAGCAUUCUCUUCUUCGAAGGCCAGAGAUCGGGCAAGCUGCCUCCUUCCCAGAGAAUGACUUGGAGGAAGGAUUCCGGUCUUCGCGAUGGUUUCGAAAUCGGCGUUGAUUUGGUGGGCGGUUACUACGACGCGGGGGACAACGUCAAGUUCAACUUCCCGAUGGCGUGGUCCACCACCAUGCUCGCUUGGGGCGUAUCUGAGUUCCGGAGGCGCAUGGGCCCGGAUCUCCCGCAUGCGCUCGACGCGAUCCGCUGGGCCACCGACUACUUCCUCAAGGCCACAAGCGUGCCCGGGAUUGUGUUUGCGCAAGUCGGCGAACCUUACGGAGACCACAACUGCUGGCAGAGGCCCGAGGACAUGGACACCCCUCGAACCCCUUAUGCCGUGAGUGCACAGUUCCCUGGCUCGGAAGUCUCGGCCGAGAUCGCUGCCGCUCUGGCCGCUGCUUCUUUGGCUUUCAGGCCGGUCGAUCCUCACUAUUCAGCCCUGCUCCUAAGUCGGGCUAAAGAGGUGUUUAAGUUUGCGGAUAAGUAUCAGGGGUCGUACAACGACCAUCUCGGACGAUGGGUGUGCCCAUUUUACUGUGAUUUCAGCGGUUAUGAGGACGAGUUGAUUUGGGCAGCAUCAUGGUUAUAUAGGGCGACCAAGGCACGUAAGUACUGGAAUUAUGUUGCGGCAAACAUAGAUAAUCUGGAACACUAUGAGUUGAAAACCAUCUACUCCCUUUCUAGUAAUGGCGGUAGCUUUGCCGAGUUUGGGUGGGACACGAAGCAUGCCGGUAUCAGUGUCCUCGCUUCCAAGACUGUCAUGAAGAAUAGUCACUAUAGUGAUAUCUUCGUGCUCAAUGCCGACAAGUUUGUGUGUUCGGUUUUGCCUGAAUCGCCGACCAAAUACGUCAACUACUCCCCUGGGGGACUCCUAGUCAAACCUGGAGGGAGCAACUUGCAGCACGCCACGGCACUGUCCUUUCUUCUUAUCGUUUAUGCUCGCUACAUGGACCGCGCCAAUCGGGUCAUUCAAUGUGGCGAUGUAAAGGCCACUCCGGCCAGGCUCAUUCAAGUAGCUAAAGGCCAGGUGGACUAUAUACUAGGAAGCAACCCGUUGAACAUGUCGUACAUGGUGGGAUACGGCAGGAAAUUCCCUCAAAGGUUCCAUCACAGAGGCUCUUCCUUGCCGUCCCUAGAUCAACACCCACAACUUAUCGGUUGCAAGGACGGGACGCUGUACUUCGAGAGCAGCAGCCCGAAUCCGAACCUGCUGACUGGGGCCAUUGUUGGAGGUCCUGACAUCCAGGAUCAGUACAACGAUUCUAGAGUCGAUAUUGCACACUCGGAGCCGACAACGUAUAUCAAUGCUCCUCUCGUUGGUGUCCUGGCUUUCUUCAAAGGGCAGAUAGAGCCAUAGACAUUAAAAUGCAAGGAAAUGAAACAGGAACUUGCCUAAGGAACUCAUCGACCAUUUCCCCUGAAAUUCAGAUUCCUUUAUCUUUCACCAUCUCGUUCUUUCAGAUCAGCAGGAUUAGAUGCAUUGUACACAGGUGUAGGUCAGUUGCGUGAACGACUGUAACAGGUGAAAUCAAAGGAGAAAAUGAAGUCAGUUAGA